AUUGCCCUACUUGGUGCUGCCUGUUAGCAGUGCCGCGGUCGUCGUCCGUCGAGUAGCCAAUGGCGUCUAACGUCAGCUACAGCGGAUUCCAGAGACUCGUCGUCCGUUGUCUCUGUGCUUUAGCACUCCUGCAGUUCCCCUGUCCAACCGAGUCCGUCGACGAGAAGAUAGAGCUCUCGUGUCAAAACUCUGACCAGAGUUGUGAAGAGAUACUGAGAGGUGAACUUUCGAAUCCACUGCCAGACUGUGAAGAACUUGGGCAUGGCAACUUAUUUUCAUAUUCAAUCGAUAACACUCAACUCCUCCAGCCUUCCAUUACUCUGACAGUGAAUUCGAGUCAAAUUGACACAGACUCUCAAGAUAAUUUUCUGUACACUGGCUAUGUCAUUGGCUAUAGAGGAUGCACUAACAACCCAACGGAGCAAUGUUCAUCGUACAUCGCUAGGCUUCCUUCAUCCGGGGAUAAUUGGAUGCACAUUGUGAGUCCAAAAGACGAAACAAAAUUACUCUUUCCCGAGGAGCAGUGCACCUUCUUUGGAUGCUUCCUCUAUACAGAAGAGAACGUCUAUGGAAGUUGUAGAAAAAGAAUACUUGAUGACAUCUUUGUGAAGAAUAUUACCAUCUUGGCAACAUGUCCUCAUCCUGGAGACAGUGUUGAGAAUGGAAGCGUUAGUUUCACACUUCCACCAGUGGACAGUACGCGGUAUGUUGGGGGCACAGUUGCCAACGUGACAUGUGACGAGGGGUUUGCGGCUACCUAUGGAGGUGUUAGUGAAUGCCAGAGUGACGGAACAUGGAACACUACAGUUCUACCAACCUGUAAAAGGCAAUGUGAUGAAUUGGAAACAAGUAUUGAUGGUGGAUGGAUUGAAAUAAGUGACAUUACUCGCACUGUCCAUACGACAGCCACAGUCACUUGCUACGAUAAAUACUACAUCGGAGGUGGUAACAUUAUAUGUGGCGAGAAUGGGAAUUGGAGCCAGUCACGCCUUCCACAAUGUAAUCCAGCAAAAUGUCCUGCAGUACAAACUGUUGAAGGUGGCGAUGUUGAAGUCAACAGCCCCGUCUCCAGGUACAAACCAAGCGAAGGCUUCUUCCUAGUGAAUACUACUAUCACAGUCACUUGCCAUGAGUAUUACACUGGAGGUGGCAGCAUUACAUGUGGAAAUGGAAAAUGGACAUCAAGCCUUCCACUAUGUUUCCCAGUUGAAUGCCUCGAACCAAUGGCAGAUGUAGACCAUGGAAGUAAAGAAGUAAACACACCUCAUAAUGGGAGUGCAGUUUAUGACCAUUACCUAGUAAACACCACCAUAAGGGUCAGUUGUGACAAAGGUUACAUUGGAAGUGGUAGCAUCACCUGUGGAAUAAAUGGAAACUGGACUUCUCCAUUGCCAUCAUGUUCAAGAAGCUAUUGGCCAAUCGUUGCUUCUGUGGUAGCAGUUACAUUGACACUUUUACUUAUUAUUGCUACUGUCUUCAUCUUCUGCUGCAAGAUUUGCUGGACUCACAGGUUGGCAUGAAUGUAACUCUAGGGUGCAAUGUAGGGCAGUCACUGUGGUUAAUUAGAUCAAAACACCAUCCAAACCACAUACUACCUAUCUGACACAACUCUAAUCCAAUCCUCCCACAGAUAUGACAAAGUCCAGAGAUUCUUUAUGAUACAAGCAAGGAACGAGUCUCUGGAUCCAAACUAUGCUCCCAUAAAUAUUGGUCUGGCCAGGAAAAUUCAGCCAAACGAGUAUUACCCGGCCUUUAAAGACUCUAUCACCAGCCUAUUAUCAUUAACAGUAGCAACGACUGAAGUUCAGCCACUGACCAGGUCACAAUCUCUAGAUGACGUAUUAAAUAUGCCCCACAACAUCACAUCACCUGGACUGUACAUAAAGGAAAGCAACAAUCUUUCUGAAGGGGUGACUGAAAAGAACUUGAACAGAAGCUGCCCUUCCCUUCCAUAUGUCAAGUAUGGAUCAAUAAAAGCCGGCUUCAUCACCACAAAGCCGUCGGAAAACGAAGAUGAACAUUCGGACAUUGCCUUCCAGUUUCCAGAGAGGUCAGCGACUGCAGUCAGUAGUGGUGGAGCAUACUGUCCUCCCACUAAUGUUUCUGGCAUUAAGUUUGUUUUUAAGGACUCGAUGUAUCCUCCUUCCAGUGACAAAUAUUUGACUGGUUAUGGUCCAUUCCCCAAGGAAUCCACAGAGAGUAUAUUCAUCUCUGAAAAUGUAAUUGCAGAUGAGUUCUUCACCGGUCACAAUCUACAAGACCCCGCUGCCAUUGAGGAGGAAGCAGUGUCUGCCCCUACUCAUCAGCCUGGCUACAUAAACUUUGAUGGGGAAGAAGAUUCUCAUGACGAAACCCUCUCUUUCUCCCCCCUCUCCCCCCAAAUUCCUAGUGGUGUGACCCUGGCUUUUGCCACAGUGGACGAGCCUACGGGACGUACCAAACAUCACAGCUCUGACUCUGCUUCUCAGACCGACAGCGGCAGCGAUUUUGAACGCUACAUGAACACUUGCUCAGGAUACACGGGGGAAAUCAGUUUCAGUUGCACGGUGCAGUCUGGCUACACUGGUGAACCGAGGUCUGAAGUCAUCAGUGAAUCAAGCGUAGCAAAAUCAAGCCCUGGCGACAUACCAGGACAAAGUGAAGGUGCCGUGAGUUUUGUACCCUCUGAAAACCAGCCCUGUGCACCGAUCUCUGCAUACAUAAGGGAAUCAGACCUGUGCAACAGAUCCCGAUCACCAGUGGGACAAAUGCGCAAAGACCUAGUAAUUCCGAGAGCUACUCAAUCUAUCACUGAUCACAACUCAAGCACUGGCAGCCAGUUCCCCCAGAUCAACUCAGGUCUUCUUGGCUAUGUCAUCUCGAAAGAACCAUCCACCUCAUCUACUGCCUGAUCCAUUCAUGGACCCCACACACUCUCAAGCAAUGGCAAGAAUUUUCAACUGUACUCUCCAAUCAUGUGCCAUACGUUCAUUAUGCAAAUUCAUUAUUACUCUAGCCAGAGUAAAGUAUAUACUGUCAUCUUCAGUGUUGCACCACAAAAAUGUCAGGUGUGUAUUGGCACUUCCUAAUCUUAGAUGCCAUAUGUCACUAUAAUUACACUUCCUGCUAUAUAGCAUGCCACAGAGUGUCACAACAAGAGAAGUUGGCGUGGCAAUGGAUAUAAAAAACCAACAAGGCCUCUCUCUCACGGAAGGCCUGGGAACGAGGCUAGUAAACUACGUAACUGGCCUUGGAUUCACCGAGGAGAAUGGAGGUACAUAGCAGUUGACUUGAGACUCGGCUCUUUCCAGUUUAAGAUUCAAUGGGGAAGGGGUUCACUAGCAGCAGG